UUGAGAGAAGCCCAUGGGCCUCAUAUGACGCCCAAGGCCCAUAUAGAUAAUAUUCUCUCUUCUCUUUCGGAGAGAAAAAAGGGGAAACAAAGCGGAUAGCGCGGAGGCAGCCAAUCCUUCGUCUUGCUUGGCUACCUAUCUUGCAGGGAGCUCAUGCCGCUCGCGGGCAUGGCUCUCCUCCAGCUCCGGGAGCACUGCUCCCUCCUCCCAAAUCCCCUCAGACCCGCGAGGAAUCCUCGCAAGAACCGGCUCUUGCCGCCAAAUUCGGCCAAGGUUCCCGGCUUCUCAAGAAUCUCAAUCCACGGUGCGCCGCCCGCGCCCGAGGCCGCAAUCUUGGAGGAAAGGGUGGAGGUGGAUGUGGAUGUGGAGGCCGCGGUUGUGCCGUGGAGGGGCGCGUUCCUCUUCCCCGUCGCCGCCGCCGUCGUCGCGUCCUGGCCGCUCCCUUCGCUCGCGGCGGAGGCCGGCGGGAAGGUCAGCCUCGAGUCCAUCGUGGUGGCCAUCGACGACUUCAACAACCGCAACCCCUUCUUCGUGGCCGGGGCGGUGUUCGUCUGGCUCGUGGCGAUCCCGCUGGUGCAGGAGUACUUCAAGAAGUACAAGGCGGUGAGCGCCAUCGACGCGUUCCGCAAGCUCCGCGACGAGCCGGGGGCGCAGCUGCUGGACAUCAGGAGGGGGAAGAGCGUGCGGUUCAUGGCGUCGCCGAACCUGAGGCUCGUCGAGAAGAGCGCCGUGCAGGUGGAGUUCGACGAGGAAGACGAGGAGGGAUUCGUCAAGGAGGUGCUGGCUAGAUUCCCUGACCCGGCGAACACCGUCGUCUGCGUUCUUGACAACUUUGAUGGUAAUUCUAUGAAAGUGGCCGAGCUGCUGUUCAACAAUGGUUUCAAGGAAGCUUAUGCAAUCAAAGGUGGGCUGAGAGGCCCAGAAGGGUGGCAGGCAAUUCAAGAGAAAUAUCUUCCCCCAUCUGUUCAUGUUGUUCCAAGGAAGAAGAGCAAAGAAUCAGAGGACUCUGAUGUUAGCGCUGAUGGAACAGAUGACCAGCUGGAAGUGAAUGGAAAAUUAUUAGCUACCCCUAAUAGUUCUGUAGUCAAUACAGGCAAUGGAGCUGAAGAUAGUACCGAGAAGCCCAAUGGGAGUACUUCAGCCAUAAAGCGUGCAAGCCGGAGACCAUUAUCACCAUAUCCAAAUUACCCUGACUUGAAGCCACCAUCAUCGCCGACACCAUCAAAGCCAGAGAGGUAGUAGAACAAUAAAGGGAAAUAAGAAAUCAGACAAAGAGAAGAAAUCAGAGGACAAGGGACUAAUGUUGCAAGAACAGUCAGUCAUUUCCGGCAUAACCAUUUUGAUAUACUUGUAAUCGUGAAUAUAGAGGCGAUCAAUGAGGUUCACAAUGCAGAAGACCAUUGCUGUUACUGACAUCAUGGUGAAUCUUAUGUUUGUUGGAUGUUGUAUUUUUCCCCCCAUUUCUUUUGUCAUGUUCAUUGUUUGUAGGUUGCAGCGCGUUAAAAAGUUAGUGUGAAAUUCGAAAUAUCUGAACUGCAUUAGCGUUAUGACUCAUGAGAUAAUCCCAAGUUUGGGAUCAAGUGAUGUUGGUAUCAUCAGCAUAAA